AUGUCAAUCUUGUCAUGGCGACACAUAGGUUUAGGACAGACGUGUCCUGCAAUGGUCACCACCGUUGGCGCUACGCUAAACUACUCCAGUCAAGGCACAUUUGGAUCAUACAAUUCGGGAACUACUGUAACGAUGACAUGUAUGAGUGGGACGCCAAUAGGUGCAACCAUGGCCACAUGUUUGAAUGGUCAAUGGUACCCAACAACACUCGGGACAUGCUCAACAAACAGCAUAAUCAACGGUAUUGGCGCUCAAUGCCCUGCUCUCAUUGCUCCAUUUGGCGGCACAAUUUCCCAAACUCUCGGGCUUUCCGGUAGUCCAGCUCAACAAGGGACUGUUGCCACACUUAUAUGCCCUUCUGGAGUGCUAGGUACCGCUAGUGUUUUGUGCUCCAAUGGGGUAUGGACACCUCCAACACUCGGAACUUGCAAUACAUCGACAGGAUUUGGAAAUGGACUUGGGACAUCUACUGGAAGCGGAACAUACUGUCAAUAUGCCCCAGUAACUCCAGCGGGUGCAAUAUUAUCAUAUUCAAACUCUGCUCUUUUCCCUCCUGUUCCACCAGGAACAACUGCUAUGGCAAGAUGCCUCAACGGCGCUGCGAUAAUGGGUAUAAGGCAUUUCCGAACGAACGCAUGGAUACUAGAAGUAAAGCUAUGUUGUAGGUGCGAGUAUUUCUACAUGCACAAAUGGUCAGUGGCAACCAAGCUCUUUUGGAACCUGUGGUAA